AUGGUGGAGAAGGCUCGUGAGUGGGAUAUGGAGUUAGAGUUCUGCACCAAGCGGAAACCAGAGCAGGCACAAACAACAGCAGGUCAAGCUAAAAAACCUAAGACCUCGGAUUCUUCUGGUAGGGGCCAGCAGGGCCAUGGCCGGUGUGUAAAAUGUGGGAGAUCGCAUGGUGGGGUUUAUCGGGCGUCAGGCUCGGGAGGAGGAGGACCGGUGAAGGCGCCUGUGCCCGCCACAAUGAGGAUCACUGAUGGCCACCCUGCUAAGGUGGACACUCUAGCGGUGAAGAGCCACACAUUUCAGUUGACUACCGAGGAGGCUCGGGCAGCGUCAGACGUCGUGGCCGGGAUCUUUGUGGUCAAUGGUAUGUCGGUUCACGUUCUAUUCGACUCGGGUGUUACCCGAUCAUUUGUAUCUCUUGUACUUAGCAAGAAGUUACGGGAUGCGCCAAGGACUUUGGAUUCCCCGCUUGAGGUUGAGAUUGCGGAUGACCGCACUGUGAAAGCUGCGAGGGUGUAUCGGGACUGUGUCCUGAAUGGGAUUGGGGAGAGGUUUCGUGUUGAUCUAGUACUGAUACCGUUGCGAGGGCUGAAGGUGAUCGUUGAGAUGGACUGGUUGGGGGCCAAUGGGGCCAUGAUCGAUUGA